AGACAAUAGAUAAAGAAACAUGGGAAUUUUCACUGAAGAGACAAAAUUGACUUCUUUUCUAAGUGGUUUAAACUAUUCCUUUGCUCAAGAAGGCGUUCUUUUACAAGAAGAGAAAUCAUACUGUCAUGAGAGUUCUUUGUUGCAACGUUCUUUCAAGUUGCUCCAUACUAGCUCUGAAAGAGUGACAAGUAGAUCACUUGUCGAUAUUGGAUAUUAUCCAAAGAGCAUCGUCCCCAAACCUCGCUUCCAAGACUCAGCUGUCUGAUGCCUACUUAUAGCCUCAGGGUUGCACAACCUUCCCACCGCCAUAAGUAAGUGUUCUUUCUUCCUAAAUGCUGCACAUCCCUCCGUAGACUGGGAUUUUUCCUGUAUAGCUUCCAAGCCGGCUCUUGGUCGAUCUUCCUUUGCUUGACCGUCGAUCCUACAGAGAGUCACAUUGCAACCAGAGAAAGAGGGAACACCCUCUUAGGACUGGUUAUAUAAAGCUAUUCAACGACUACUUGAUUUAUUUUUUAUGGAUGCAGAUUGCUCUUGAUGCUUAAAGUUUGAAAUAGUGUUCUGAUUCAGGUAUGUAGAGAAGGCUGUUAAUACGUUGGCACAGGAACUUUGGAAUAUCAUUCAGAGUGAACUAUAGGAAGACAUAUAUAUAUACAGAAUACAACAAUAUCAGUCCGACUCGAUCUGAUAGUUGUCGACUUCAAGAAUUUCUGUACUCCAACAUUGGACAAGCAUUUCUAAGACGUGGAGUGAUAUGAACUUGAUUCCGAGGUCGAAUUGUUUUGUGUACUAUAAAAUAAGUUUAUCUUAGAGAUAUGGAGCUUGCUUCGCUAAUAAACUAGGCGAAUGUUAAACGUGUGAAGCUUAAAGUAUAUUUAAAACAUUUUUUUAUAAACUAUAUAUUGUUCAU